AUGAGGAUGUUCAGUUACAGAGACCCGCGCCACCAGCGACUGGUUGUUGUUGCCAAAGACAACGGGCAGCCUGCUCUGUCUGCCACAGUCACCAUCAAGCUGUCCACAGUGGAGACUGCCGUGAAGGCCUACUCUGACAUGACUGAGGUGCCUCUGGAAUACGACAUCUUUUCAGACCUAAACCUGUAUUUGGUCAUCGGUCUGGGCUCGUUAUCUGACAAUGAAACUAUGACGUUAGAGCUGCUGGAUGUGAAUGACAAUGUUCCACAGUUCCCUCAAUCAUUUUAUACUAUACGUGUAACGGAGAAUAACGCACCUGGGGCCUUGCUGAGUUCACUAUCUGCGUUUGACCCUGACCUCCAUGAAAACCAGUAUCUAGUUUAUUUCAUCCUAGAGAAGGAGAUAGCCAACACCUCCAUGUCCAUGCUGUUCUCCAUCAAUCCAGAGAACGGGAACCUUUACGCACUAAAAACUUUUGACUAUGAGAUCGAGAAGGAGUUUCUUUUCCACAUCGAGGCCAGAGACUCUGGCUCUCCUCCACUGAGCAGUAACGUGACCGUGCACAUCAUUAUUGUGGACCAGAACGACAACGCUCCGGUUAUUGUGUCUCCGUGGCGCGCGCACGGCUCUGUGGUGGAGGAAAAGAUCCAAAGAUCCACCGAUAAAGGCUCUCUGGUUGCCAAAGUGAUAGCCUUAGACACCGACUCGGUGCACAACUCUCGGAUCACCUACCAGUUCCUACAGGUGACUGACGCCACCUUGUUCAGUCUGGACCAGUACAACGGAGAGAUCCGGACUAUGAGGAUGUUCAGUUACAGAGAUCCGCGCCACCAGCGACUGGUUGUUGUUGCCAAAGACAACGGGCAGCCUGCUCUGUCUGCCACAGUCACCAUCAAGCUGUCCACAGUGGAGACUGCCGUGAAGGCCUACUCUGACAUGACUGAGGUGCCUCUGGAAUACGACAUCUUUUCAGACCUAAACCUGUAUUUGGUCAUCGGUCUGGGCUCGGUGUCAUUUCUCCUGCUCAUCACCAUAUUGGUCACCAUCGUGCUCAAGUGUCAGAAACCCAAGCCCAGCAAAGCGGCUCCUCCCUGCAGGAACAGUGUGAUCAGUGAGAGGAACUCCACCAUCGCAGAUUCCACUCUGGUCUCCAACGAUGCCUACUGGUACAGUCUGUUUCUAGCGGAGACCAGGAAAGGGAAGCUGGUGGUUAGACAGCCUGUGCCAAAGGGCUCCAGAUACAUCGUGUCCAGUCUACCGAGAGGCACAGGACUGACAGACACUAGCGACUCAGCUGCUUCUACCCUGCAGUGCAGAUCGAAGAAACCGGACAGCUCCGUGGUGUUGAAACGCAACGACGAAAACGUGAUUGCUCAGUUUAUCCACCGAUAA